UUUGUUUUUGGGAUUGACGAUGGAAUGAAUGGCGGUGCUGAUAAUUAAGAGUGUAGUCGGUUUUUUAUUAGCAUGUGAUUUGGACGAUGGAAUAAGAAAAGUAAGUUUGCAUGGAGUUAUGGUUCAAUUGCGCAUGGCCACGACAUUUUUUGUAAAACGGCGAGAAUCAGGAUUUUGAGGGGGAAAUUAUCCACUGCCUGCGUGUGAAAUGUGGUUUUGUAUCGUUUUGGUGUUUCAUAUGAGGUAAUUAUACAGAUGGCACUGCAUUCUGACUGGGCCUUGGAGUAGUACUAUACGAACUCCCGACGUGGUGCUGCUUUGUGGAGAGCUGCUAAAGGGCCUUUUUAGUCUUCCCGUUGGGCUUAUAUACUUGCUGCUUCGCUCGUCUGGUUCCUCUUUUCCUUCUUCUUUUCUUCAUACCGUUGCGAACCUAGAGUCUAAUUAGAUACCCUCUCUUCUUCUUCUUUUGACAUAACAUUACUUUUAGAAUAUACCAUCAAAAUGCCUGAAAUCAACGCCAUCCUCUUCGACUGCGACAACACGCUCGUCCUCUCCGAGGAGCUCGCCUUCGAGGCCUGCGCAGACCUCAUCAACCAAAUCUGCGCCGAGCGCAACGUCCCCGUCAAGUUCACCGGCGAGACGCUCAUCACCGAGUUCGUCGGCCAAAACUUCCGCGGCAUGCUCACCACGCUGCAGAAGACGCACGGCAUCGAGAUUGCGCCCGACGACAUGGAAAAGUACGUCCUGAUGGAGGAGGACGCCGUCAUUGCCAAGCUGAAGGCCGCGCUGAGGCCGUGCGUCGGCGUCGACGAGCAGCUGCAGGCGCUGGAGGCCAAGAAGCAGCACCAGCUCGCCGUGGUGUCGUCGUCGGCGCUGAGGCGCGUCCGCGCGUCGAUUGAAAAGGUCGGCCAUGACAAGUACUUCCCCGGGGACGUGGUCUUUUCGGCGGCGACGUCGCUGGAGAAGCCGACGAGCAAGCCGGACCCUGCGAUUUACCUGCACGCGCUCAAGGUGCUGGGCAAGAAGGCGGAGGAGAGCGUCGCGGUGGAGGAUAGCAAGAGCGGCACGCUGAGCGCGACGAGGGCGGGCAUCAAGACGAUUGGCUAUGUCGGGCCGUAUGCGGAUGCCAAGCAGGAGGAGAUGGAGGGCGUGUUGAGGAGUGCGGGCGCGGUGGUGGUGAUGCGUGACUGGAGCGAGUUUCCUGGUGCGUUGGCCAAGAUUGAGAAGGGCGAGGUUUAAAGGAGUUUUCUUUUACCAUUUUGUCUUUUUGCUUUUCUUUUCUGUGUUUUGGAUUGAAGCCUUUGUUUAUUUAUUGAGCCUUUUUUUUGGUUCAUCGUCUUGGUUAAAGAGAAGAAAGAAAAUAAGAGAGGAGAAGGAGACGGUAAAAGGCUAGAUAUGAAUAGAUACGACGAUACGAAUUGACGGUCUUGGAAUUGGUCUAUCUGAUCUAAUUGCUUUCUUUAUAUACAAAAUGCUUUUGCACAAUUGAUUAAUCGUGGCUCAUUUCCUCCAAUCCAUCAGGAAGCU